GUGUCUUACAAAGUGAUGGCCGGCUUUGCUGAGUGCAAGCGUAAGAGGAGAGAUGGCGAAUAGGUUGUUCAGUAAAACUUGGCAACGUCACCUGCUGUCGGCUGUAGAUUGAGUCUAGACCGAAAGCACUUCGUGAUUACCACCGUGAUUGCAGGUUGCUGUCAACUUCUGAUAUUUCAGAGUAAAUUUAUGCUAUAUAACAUCUGUAACGAAAAAAGGAGAAAAUGACAAAAAAAAAUUCAAAAAAAGUAAAGGAAGACCCGGAUGAGCUAGCAAUUGCAUCUCCCACAUUUCCAGAACCAGAUAAUGAGCCAGUAGAAGAUAUUUUUGAGGACGAAAAGUCUGAAAAGAAAAAGAAGAAGAAAAAAAAGAAAAACAAAGAUGACGAAGCUGAAGCUGAUGCUGAAGUUCCUCAAGUACCUGAAAGGUCUGAAGAAGCAGAUGAAGAACAAGAUGAUAAAAAAAAUAAAAAAGACAAAUCUAAAAAGAAAGUCGACCCUAAAAAGGAGAAAAAAGGUGGCCCUGGAAAGAAAGCACUGGCAGCCAUGCAAGAAACACUUAGAAAAAUUAAAGAAGAGGAAGAACGUAUAAGGCGAGAGGAAGAAGAGGCGGAAAGAAGAGCAGAAGAGGAGGAACGAAUCAGACAAGAACAGGAACGGAAAGAACAGGAACGCCGAGAAUUAAAAAAACAGCGUGAAAAGGAGAAAAAAGAGCGAUUGAAGGCUGAAGGAAAAUUCCUAACCCCUAAACAGAGGGCACAACAGGCCCGUUCACAAGCCUCGUUAGAGGUAUUGAGAGCCCAAGGAAUUGAUGUGCCCUUGAUUGGAGAAAAACGACCGAGGGCUGGUACAAGAAUCCGUUCGAACAAGCAGCAACAAGCAACCGUUCAAACAGAAGAUCGCGCGACUUCGGAAGAAAAAACGGCCGAUCAAACAGCAGGAGUAAUUGAAGAAACUUUGGUGGAGGAAGAAGUAGAAGAAGUCAAAGAAUCGUGGGAUGCGGAAUCAUCAUCGGAGGAAGAAGUAGAGGAGACACCCGUUCCCGAGGCUACCAACGUUGUGCAAAAUCAGCCAACGUCAAAGUCGGACAGUGAAGUCUCUGAGAGUAGUUCGGAGGAAGAAGAAUCUGACAGUAGUGAUGGUUCAGAUGACGAAGAAGAGACUAAAAAAACUGAUGCUGUCUCUAGGAGAGAAAAGGCUUUAAAUCGCAUUCAGAAAAGGCGAGAGGCUGCUGAAAAAAACAAAAAUCCUGAAAUUUUACGAGCUCCUGUGGUUUGCGUACUCGGUCAUGUGGAUACGGGGAAAACAAAAAUUCUCGAUAAACUCCGUAGAACCCAUGUCCAGGAUGGCGAAGCCGGUGGAAUUACACAACAAAUUGGCGCUACCAAUGUGCCAAUCGAAGCAAUUCGUGAACAAUCGAAAAUGGUUAUCGGUUUUCAGGAUAUGCAACUGAAAAUUCCGGGGCUUCUCAUCAUCGAUACACCUGGUCACGAAUCUUUCAGCAAUCUACGCUCUCGCGGCUCCUCCCUAUGUGACAUAGCUAUCCUUGUUGUUGACAUUAUGCACGGCCUUGAACCCCAAACCAUCGAAUCCCUUAAUUUACUGAAAGCCAAGAAGACUCCUUUUGUUGUUGCGCUAAACAAAAUUGAUAGGUUGUACGACUGGAUCUCGAAUCCUAGAAAAGACGUUAAAGAUUUAAUCAAAUCGCAGGGAAAGAACACACAGCUGGAAUUUCAAGAUAGGGCCAAGUUGGUCAUUACCCAGCUAGCCGAACAAUCGAUGAACGCGGCCGUCUACUAUGAAAAUCCUGACCCUCGAUCUUAUGUAUCCAUGGUUCCCACGAGUGCAGCAACUGGUGAUGGUAUGGGUAACCUCAUGGCGCUGAUUGUUGAGUUGACUCAAACCGCCUUAGCGAAAAGGCUCAUGUAUUCGGAUGAACUACAAGCCACCGUCUUAGAAGUUAAGGCCAUCCCUGGCUACGGAACAACAGUUGACGUCAUUCUUAUUAACGGAACGCUGCACGAAAGUGACACGAUUGUUUUAGCGGGAACCGACGGGCCCAUAGUGACCCAAAUUCGGUCCCUUCUUUUACCGCAACCAAUGAAAGAGUUGCGAGUGAAGAAUACGUACACAGAGCCCAAAGAGGUGCGAGCAGCCCAGGGUGUCAAAAUCACAGCAAAAGAGUUGGAAAAGGCUAUAGCUGGUUUGAAUCUAUUAGUUGCUGACCAUCCGGAUGAAGUGGAAAUUUGCAAGGAAGAAGUAGCACACGAGUUGAAGUCUGCUUUGGGACGAAUAAAACUGCAGGAUCGAGGAGUCUACGUACAAGCUUCAACUCUAGGGUCACUUGAAGCUCUUCUCGAGUUUUUGAAAACAUCGGAAAUUCCGUAUGCGAACAUCCGUAUUGGUCCUGUGGUGAAAAAGGAUGUCAUGAAAGCCUCGACGAUGCUGGAACAUAAUGACCAGUAUGCUGUUAUUUUGGCCUUUGAUGUCAAGAUUGAGCGCGACGCUCAAGAGAUGGCAGACUCUGUUGGGGUGAAAAUUUUUCAGGCUGAUAUUAUUUAUCACCUGUUUGACAGUUUCAUGAAAUACCGUGACGAGUUGAAGGCGAAAAAACGAGAAGAGUUUAAAGAUGUAGCUGUUUUCCCUUGCAAAUUACGAAUUCUCCCGCAGUUCAUUUUCAACACAAGAGACCCGAUCGUGGUUGGCGUGGUUGUGGAGAGCGGAAUUGUGAAGGAGGGCACACCGCUGUGCGUUCCAUCGAAAGAGUUUGUCAACAUUGGCAUCGUCACUAACAUUGAAGUGAAUCACAAACCCAUCGAAACUGCCCGUAAAGGCCAAGAAGUUUGUAUCAAAAUCAGCCCGACGCCGGGCGACAGUCCUAAACUCUAUGGCCGCCACUUUGAUCACACCGAUUUGCUCGUUUCCAAGAUUAGCCGCGAAUCAAUUGACGCUUGCAAAGAAUACUUCCGUGACGAUUUGCAGAAACCCGACUGGCAAUUGAUGGUCGAGUUGAAGAAACUCUUUCAAAUAUUGUGAUUCUCUUUGGACUUUGAUUCUUGAAUCCUUCGUAUAAAUUGGUGGAAGCUGCCGUGGUGCACUGGAUCCAUACUUCUAUCCUUUAAUCCAUGCUGAAAAGUUACAUAAAACAAAAUAAAGAAGAAUAAGGUUUUUAGAACCUCUGCAACGACUUUGGCCAUGUUUUUAUGGAUUGUCCGUUCAAAAACGAGCCAAAAUACAACGUCCAGAAGACACCA